UCCACACGGAGACUAGUCCUGGACCGGAGAGGGUGAGAGUGCUUCAUGGGGCCAAGACCCGGAGCUGAACUUGGAUUUUCAAGCAGGCAUGGCGAGGUGGUCUGUUGGGAAAUGACUGUGCUGUCACUCCAACUGCAGUCUUCCUCCACUUUGGACAUCUUUUCCUGUGGCUUGGAACUACUGCAACUCAGACUUUCGGAGAGUUAGGUAUUUUCACAGGGGAUCAACACAUUUCCGACAAAGGGCCAGGAUGAAGACGGCGUUCUACUACAUGGGCUUACUCCUUCUGGGGCUCCAUUUCCUGCUCGCCCGUGGCCAGCUGGGAUCCCAGAGACAGACGCCCGCCGGUCCCCCGGCCGCCACGCAAAGACCCGGGCUGGUGGAGCGGGACGUGCUGGGUCCGGUAAGGCCCAACAUCACCAUGCCGCGCCGCAGAAUGCCGCCCAUGUGCAGCGCGCCCACGGAAAUCCGAGACACCUUCAAGUACAUCAACACGGUGGUCUCCUGCCUGGUCUUUGUGGUGGGCAUCAUCGGGAACUCCACACUUCUGAGGAUCAUCUAUAAGAACAAGUGCAUGCGGAACGGACCGAACAUCCUCAUCGCCAGCCUGGCUCUGGGCGACCUGUUGCACAUCAUCAUCGGCAUUCCCAUUAACGUCUACAAGCUCCUGGCGGAGGACUGGCCUUUUGGUGUGGCUCUGUGCAAGGUGGUGCCGUUUGUCCAGAAAGCCUCGGUGGGGAUCACGGUGCUGAGUCUGUGCGCGCUCAGUAUCGACAGGUACCGGGCCGUGACCUCCUGGAGCCGGAUCAAAGGGAUCGGCGUCCCAAAGUGGAUGGCCAUCGAAAUCGCGCUCAUCUGGAUCCUGUCCAUCACCCUGGCCGCGCCCGAGGCGGUGGCCUUCGACAUGAUCACCAUGGACUACAAGGGGGAGCAGCUGAGGAUCUGCUUGUUGCACCCCAUGCAGAAAACCGACUUCAUGAGGUUUUAUAAGUCGGUGAAGGACUGGUGGCUGUUCAGCGCCUAUUUCUGCCUGCCGUUGGUCUGCACCGCCAUUUUCUACACCCUGAUGACCUGUGAGAUGCUGAGGAAGAAGAACGGCGUUCAGAUUGCGCUCAGCGACCACCUCAAACAGAGACGAGAGGUGGCCAAGACCGUCUUCUGCCUGGUUCUGGUCUUCGCUCUGUGCUGGCUCCCUCUCCACCUCAGCCGGAUUCUGAAACUCACCAUCUAUGACGAGAAGGAUCCCAACCGAUGCGAACUGCUCAGCUUCUUUUUGGUGUUGGACUACAUCGGCAUCAACAUGGCGUCCGUCAACUCCUGCAUCAACCCCAUUGCUCUCUACAUGGUCAGCAAGCGCUUCAAGAGCUGCUUCAGGUCCUGCCUGUGUUGCUGGUGCCUACCCGCCGAGAUGCUGAUGAUGGACGAGAAGCAGUCCUGCAUGAAGCUGAAGGUGACGGAACGGGCCUCCGACCAGAGCAACUCCCGUAUGACCAACAGGUCUACCACGGCCUGAGAGGACUGAAAGCCGCCAAUGACCGCAAGAAGGAAACGGGAAACCCAAAGAACGAAUCGAAAGAGUACUCUGUCCUGGGCUUCUGAAUCCUUCGAACCGAGAACAACGUCAGCAUUGUUCGAAGAAUGUGAGGAAUAAAAAUGCGGAAAUUUGAUGGAGGACUCUGGAGGUGAGUGGAGUGUCCGUGCUAAAAAACGAGGCACUGGAAUUGUUCGUAUUAUACCCUGAAUGCAUGGGAUCCUCUGAACAUCCCUCUGAACAUCCGUCCAAUAAAGGCAUUGGAUUAAGCAAAGACCGGACUUACUUAAACGCUACACGGCUGGUGUGGUCAUCACCAAGUGAUACCAGAAUGGUCGAAGACUUUGAAGCAACUGUUUGCGGAUCAUCUUGAACAGUGCUUCCCUUCUUAUUAUUUCUCAAACGAUCGUCUCUGUGUCGGUCCGAGCAUUCCGAGUUCGCAUCGUCCCGUUCGCCAUGGAGAUUGUCCUGUGUUUUGUGUCGUCCGACGGGUAUGUAUCUUUUUCAUGGUGUAUAUGAAGUAUAUAUCAAAUAAAUAAGCAGCGUAGCUGGUGUGCGUUCA